GCGCUCUGAGCUCCCCCGCUCCCCCGCUGCCGCGCGCCCGGCCCCGCGCCCACUCGCCGCGCGCCCGGCCCUUGGCGUCCCCGCUCCCCGCGCCCGGCUCCCCGCGCCCACUCGCCCCGCCAUGGCGGACAGCGCGAGCGAGAGCGACACGGACGCGGCGGGCGGCGGCCCGGCAGCCAUGCAGUCGUCCUGCUCGGCGACCUCGGGCGGCAGCGGCGGGGGCGGCGGCGGGAAGUCGGGGGGCAUUGUCAUCUCGCCGUUCCGCCUGGAGGAGCUCACCAACCGCCUAGCCUCGCUGCAGCAGGAGAACAAGGUGCUCAAGAUCGAGCUGGAGACCUACAAACUCAAGUGCAAGGCGCUGCAGGAGGAGAACCGCGACCUGCGCAAAGCCAGCGUGACCAUCCAAGCCAGGGCUGAGCAGGAAGAAGAAUUCAUCAGUAACACCUUAUUCAAGAAGAUCCAGGCCUUGCAGAAGGAGAAAGAAACCCUCGCGGUGAACUAUGAGAAGGAAGAGGAGUUUCUCACCAAUGAGCUCUCCCGGAAACUGAUGCAGCUGCAGCAUGAGAAGGCAGAGCUGGAGCAGCACCUGGAGCAGGAGCAGGAGUUCCAGGUCAACAAACUGAUGAAGAAGAUCAAGAAGUUGGAGAAUGACACCAUCUCCAAGCAGCUCACCUUAGAGCAGUUGAGACGGGAGAAGAUUGACCUGGAGAACACGCUGGAGCAAGAACAGGAGGCGCUGGUAAAUCGGCUGUGGAAGAGGAUGGACAAGCUAGAAGCUGAGAAGAGAAUCCUCCAGGAGAAAUUAGACCAGCCUGUGUCUGCUCCCCCGUCGCCUAGAGACAUCUCCAUGGAGAUCGACUCUCCCGAGAACAUGAUGAGGCAUAUCCGGUUCCUAAAGAACGAAGUGGAGCGCCUGAAGAAGCAGCUGCGGGCCGCCCAGUUACAGCAUUCGGAGAAGAUGGCCCAGUACUUGGAGGAGGAGCGGCACAUGAGGGAAGAGAACCUGCGUCUGCAGCGGAAGCUCCAGAGGGAGAUGGAGAGAAGGGAAGCCCUGUGUCGCCAGCUCUCCGAGAGCGAGUCCAGCUUGGAGAUGGACGAUGAGAGGUAUUUCAAUGAGAUGUCUGCUCAAGGAUUACGACCUCGCACUGUGUCCAGCCCAAUCCCUUACACGCCUUCUCCCAGUUCAAGUAGGCCUAUAUCACCCGGUCUUUCGUACGCAAGUCACACAGUUGGCUUCACGCCGCCAACGUCGUUGACUCGAGCUGGAACGUCCUAUUACAACUCUCCGGGCCUCCACGUUCAGCACAUGGGGGCCUCCCAUGGCAUCACAAGGCCAUCGCCACGGAGAAGCAGCAGCCCUGACAAGUUUAAACGGCCCACGCCACCUCCGUCUCCCAACACACAGAGCCCAGUCCAGCCGCCUCCACCACCACCUCCGCCCCCCAUGCAGCCUGCGGUCCCCUCGGCAGCCACCACCACGCAGCCUGCCCCCUCGCAGGCGCAGCAUCCGGUGCACCCGUCCUCCCAGCCUUAAUGCAUGAGCUUAGUCAGAAUCUCCAGUUGGGACUCGUCUGAUGGAGCCACCGUCUCAACGCCAAAGGCUUCUUUCCCGGCGUACUCGGAUCUGAUGCGUUUGCACUGAGGUUAUCUACCUUCCCUCCUCAUUGUGUCGUGAAUGUCCGUCGGAAACGCAGCCAACAUUGCGGGUCCGCAACACUAACCAGACGACUUUCUCCACCGGUGUUUUACUUGAAUCUCCGUGUCUGUCAUUCCCUGGCUGGAACCUUUGCUGUCUGGUAUCUGGUAAUGAGCAGCGUGCAAACCCUACCUACCCCUGGGGGGCCCCCAGGGCUGCUUUUUCUCGGCUUUUAGGUUUGUAAAAUAAGAAGGGAGAUCUUUUUUUAUAACUAUUCUCUGUGAAUUUGCAGGAAAAUGACCGAGCUGUUAGAAACCCUCCUCCUCCGGGUCAGUGACAUUUACCAAACAUACCAAGAAUUCAGCACUACAGUUCAGACCUUUGCAGACUAACUCACUGUAGGAUUGGAAGUUAGAUGAACCGGUGCCCACAACAUGUAGUCUAGAGCUUUCUACAGACACACUUUUUACAGAUUGUUUUCCGACGUAAAUUGACCACCGCGUCCCUUGUAAAAACAGCCUACGGAAACAAACCACACAGCUGUUAAUCUCCCCACGUGCGUGGGACAGGAAUUAUUACCUAUUAAGAUGUGAUUUUCUUUUUUCCUUUCUCAAUGUUAAUCCACCUAAGCCAGUACCCUCUGACAUGAGUGGAUAGAUGCCUUCCCACCAGUGUUCUUGAUGGCCAACUGGAAUGUAGGCUUAGAUCUCUGCUGCAGGGGCCGUGAGAUUGUAACAGAGCCAGUGCGGCUAACCCUCCCAUUCUUUUGUGUUGUCCCGAGACAGAGGGUGUAAACGAGUAUCUUCCAGGUGCAAAAAUGCUGUUGGGAAAGACCUGUCUGAAGUGUAGGCAACACCCUAGUGUGAUGGCGGAAUCAGGAGUGCAGCAAGCAGAGGAUCUCUCCGGGCCCUGACGCGUGCUCACUUUGCCCGGCGUUAAACAAGGAGAGCACCAUGGAGGUUCUGAACUGGAUUGCCAUUCAUUCAGCACAAAUAAAUCCUUCCGUUUCACAGGGUUGUGGGGUGGGUGGGGGACACCAAGUGGCUCUUUUGUGACCUUUGUCUCUGUCUGUCCUUGGUUACUUUGUGCUUUUAUAGUCAAGUGCUUCCCCCUGCCUGUGUUUGCAUAUUUAUAUAUGCCGUGGAUGGAAAUAACUUACUAGAGAAUGUAUAUUUUAUGACGAGAAGCGUGACUCUGUUGGAUAUAAUCAGAGGACUGAAAAAUUAAUUUAUCAGUAAUUUUUAAGAGUUCAUGUUUGUGGCAACCAUCUCUAACAGCAGCUCCUCGUGGAACACACUCCCGAGAACAAGGAAUACCCUGGUGACAUUGUAGAUAAUUAAUAUUGUACAGUCUAGAAACCUCCAUUUUUGCCUUCGAAUGCAUAUUUUAAGAGCUAACAGAUUGGAAAAGUGUUAUUGGAUAAUAGUGUUUGACAGCAUUGUAAGAGCUUGAGAGUAAGAAUCACUGUAGGAGCUUUUCACUCUUCCCGUCCACCCCUAAACUGGGAUCGUCACCCUCCAGCGACCAGGAAGAAACUGUGGGCCUACAAAAGUUCUACUUAUGAGGUGUGCGAGUGCGACGUUCAGGCCGUGGUGCGGUUAGCAGGCACGAGGUGGAGUCUGAUAUCUCCUGUCAAGGUGUUAGGUUUUCAGUGUCAGACCAAACCCCGGGCAUUUCCAGCAGUUCCCCGACCCUCUUGGUACAUGACCAUUCCAGGGAAAUUCUGAGGCUAGGCAGAAUUCUUCCUUCACGGUACAGUCUUGGUUUGUCUUUUUUUUUUUUUUUUUUUUCCUUUCGAGAGAAAUACGGUAUGUGUUUACAAGAAUCUUUUCUGGGAUUGUAGAUUUCAGUACCGCUGGCUAGCAGCAUAUCCUCCAGCACAUAGGUCCGUUCUGGAAAGGUCUUCCCUCCACGUCAGUUGAGUUACCUCCUAGAAGCACAAGCGUGAAGGCGAUCGGAGGAGCCUUUGAGAGGCAGGUUCUUGACCUUCAGGCUUGACCCAGAAAGUGUACUUCAGAUUCCUCUCCAGCCAUCACCUCAACUCAAACCCAACCCUUCCUAACAGCAGUUGCUAUCUCAGUCACCGGUCCCUGCAGGUGUUAAGAACCAAAAGAACAAACACUAGGAUCUGAACGUAGAGUGUUUUGUGUCAGUUUUGAAGCACGUAGCGAUAGAACCAGAGCCCCUAGGGACAGGAGCCCCACUACUGUGGGCUGGACGUGGCUUCUAUAGGUUCAGUUCCCCUACUCUCUCAUAGGCUAACGCUAGAUGAGAAUCUGUAGCCAUCCUCAGCGGGUGAGAGCAACAGUAACCUUCAGUGGCUUCAUUUCCUGUCCUGUUGACAGAGACCCUCGGGUACCACUGUGCUGCUAAUAGGGCCAGGCCUCUGUUCCCCGAUGACCUCGCCUUUGUACAGAACCAAGUCCACGCACCCAGCACCUCUGGGUUCUUAACUGCUUUCUCUCGUCAAGCGUGCUGGUAUUCUAGACAGAACUUUUGGCAGGCAUGGAGGUGUUUUAAGAUUUUUUUUUUUUACUUAAAAUGUCUUUGUCGACCGGAAGGACUUUUAGAUUCUGGGAUCAUGAGACACCUGCCAGAAGGUGGCUCUCGACGGCUCGUGCUGCUGUGCCUUCGUCAUUGGCUUCUGAUUCAACCAGAAAUAACUGAUAAUGUGAAUCUUUGUCGAUCCCUCAGUUGUAGGUAAACCGUAUUCCCCACUGUUAGGUGAAAUCUGCCCUGUGCAAAGCCCUGCGUGUAGAGAUAACCCAGGAAGUCGGGAACGUGUGGCAGUGCGUGUUUUCAGAAAGUUUUAUUUUUUAGAAUGCAGAAGGAAGUUUUCUUUGUGGCUUGAUCUUCCGUCUAGUAUCUGUCUAAUAGGUUAACCGAUGCCGAGAGCUUCGUAGCGAUGCCUACCAAAGACAUGCGUAGUAAACCUUCUAUUUCCAAAUUAUUCAAGAGCCAGCCGUUGAUGCUGCUUCACGGUUCUUUCUCAGGAGCCAUCGUGAGAGACUGAAACAUGCUUACGAGCUUUUUUUUUUGUUUGUUUGUUCUAAGUUUUAGGUCUUUUUUUUUUUUUUAAAUUUUUGAUUAAAAUGUGUUAGCCUAACAUGUUGGGGAGCAUUUCCCAGAAUGCUCGGCAGUUGUGAGUACUGGCCACACCCCAGGUCACCUCUUGCGGAGUGAUCGGUGGGGUCCUCUGUGCAUGCUAGCAAGGGUGCUGUGCGCGUGUGCGUGUACGUGUGUGCAUUCAUGCCUUAACUUGGGUUACCGCUCAGCUUUGCUGUCUGACCUGGUCCUCGCCAUCAUCAGAUUGCAUCGUGCAACUUGAUCUGAACUUCAUUCUGGUUAAAAAAAAAGAGAGAGAGAUAAAAAAACAGAAAAGCAAGGUUGCAGGCAGCACAGGCUGGAGUGCAUUCCUUUGGAAGAAUGUCUGCUCGGACGGACCCUGAGAUGUCUCCACAGACUUUAUUUGGGACUUAGUUUGGGAAGAAAGCCGACUGUCGAUUGGGCAGAUGUCGACAAGGACGAGGGGGAGAGCCGGAAUGCUAGCACGCCCUCUGCCUCCACAUAACUCGUGUGCUCUGUGUGUUGUCUGGGUAGCUUGUCUGCGGCUUAACUAGCUUGGAGUUCAGGUAACGGUGGCAAUCCCGACAUUCAUCUGUUGGAGUUUAGAGAGAUGUAAGAUGUCCAGUUACUGUCUUAUUUACUUUAUGUUGAUCAGUCUUUAAUACAUGUGCUGAAUCAGAAAAACCUAAAUAAAGAUAAUUUUUUAAAACGUA